GGGUUUGGGCCUGGCUCUAUGGUAGAGGCGGCAGCAGCGGCGGCGGCGGCGGCGGAGGAGGGGUGGGACGCAGUUUGUGGGAACUGGGUUACCGGCAUGGACGUAUCGGGGCAGGAGACCGAUUGGCGGAGCGCCGCCUUCCGGCAGAAGCUGGUUAGUCAAAUUGAGGAUGCCAUGAGGAAAGCUGGUGUGGGCCACAGUAUAUCUAGCAAGGAUAUGGAGAACCAUGUAUUCCUGAAGGCCAAGACCCGGGACGAAUACCUUUCCCUCGUGGCCAGGCUCAUUAUCCAUUUUCGAGAUAUUUGUGUCUUUGGUGUUUUAGGGUUAUCACGUGGUGCACCUGCUUCUUGGAAUCCAUGGAAGCCCUCCAACAGGACAUCUGGCUGAUUCACCCCAUUUGCAGGGACAAAAAUUGGAUCGAGACUACCCAAGACCUAUGGCUUCGAGGAACUUUCAUCGAUUUCGGCCCCAAGGAAAUUCACAUCUUCAGUGCCCUGGCCUUUACAGCUAUGCUUCUCUUGUCCCCACACCCUGACCACCCCUCCCUUCCUUCACACUUGUCGUCCCUCUCCAGCAGUAAGUAGCCAGAAAAUCUCAUUGCCCUGCUCCCAACACAAAAACAAACAGGGAGGAAUGUUGGGUAUUUGGAAGACCCCCCGCCAAAGUUAAGUUUCCUCUCAGGAGAACAACACGGGAUCAUUUACCCCUACCCUUCCUCUCCAAAGGGCGCCACGCCAAAGAGCACCAAAUUCGAAGGUUUUCUUGACCAAUCCCCACAGGACCCAGUGUCUGCUUGCUAUUCCUGAGUCACCCUGCCAAUCAGCACCUGCCAUGUCACCUAUACAACCCUUCUUAAUCCAUAGCUUGCAAGCUCUCUGCCUUCUUCCACUCUUACCUCUUCCUCUUCUUUCUCUCUCUCCCUGCUCUCUGGUCUAUUUCUCUCUGCUCUCCUCUUCUCUCUCUGCUCUCUGCCUCUCCUUUUCUUCCCCUUCGGACAGCCCCCCAAUAAAGUCUCUUGGUUGAA